CCCGCGCAUGCGCGGCGCGUUGCCCCGGAGACGGACGCCGUUAGCGCUCCCUCAGGCGCGCCCGGCCCGCACCGAGCCGGGGCCGCCUCACGGAGCCGGGGCCGCCUCACUGAGGUGAGGCCGCCUCACGGAGCCGGGGCCGCCUCACUGAGCUGAGGCCGCCGCACGGAGCCCACCAUGGUGCCCGCCCGAGAGCCCGAGCUGGCCGCGCCCGCCGAUCUCCCCUACAGCUUCUGCAGCCAGCCCCGCUCCCUGGCCUCCCGCCCCAAGUACCGAAAGCAGUCCAAUGCCGCCGAGACGGAGAAGGUCCCGCUGCACCGCUGCAACAUCAUGAUCGACCCGAGAGUGGUGCGCGGAAACGUUCUGUCCCACCACUACCCGCCGCAGAGUACUGAGCCCAGUAUCCCUGAGGUUAAAAGGCAGAGGAGAGCCCAGAAACAAAGACUGGCCAGAAGGCUUGCACAAGGGCAAAUUCCAGCAGGAACACCGGAGCCUGUGGAGGGCAGAGAACAUGUUUAUGUGCAGACAGAACUGUAUUUGGAAGAGAUUUGUGAUCGGAUAAUAGAGGUUGAUGGAGAAUGUCAAACAGAUGAAUUUUUGGACAGACCACCCACUCCACUCUUUAUACCAGCCAAAACAGGAAAAGAUGUGGCCACACAAAUAGAAGAAGGAGAGUUGUUUGACUUUGACAUUGAAGUUAAGCCAAUCCUGGAAGUGUUGGUUGGGAAAACAGUUGAGCAGGCUUUGCUGGAAGUCAUGGAGGAAGAAGAGCUGGCCCAGCUGUGGUCACAUCAGCGUGCCUUCGCAGAGAUACGCAAUGCAGAGUUUGCUGAAUUGCAGCGCUUGGAAGAGCAGGACAGGCGAAUUAGGGAGGAGAAGGAACGUCGCAGACUGGAGCACCUGGAAAAGCUGCGGAAACAGAAAGAGACUGCAGAGAAAAUCGCAGCUCGGGCAUUUGCUCAACGUUACCUGGCUGAUCUCAUUCCAUCAGUCUUCAACAAUCUUCAUGAAAGUGGAUUUUUUUAUGACCCUAUAGAAAGAGAUAUUGAGACAGAAUUCCUUCCAUGGCUGAUGUCAGAAGUGGAAGAAACACUACAGAAGAAGGUUCUAGGAAGGAUGAUGCUUGACUCCUUGAUUCGUAUGGUGGUUGAAAAACGCCUAGAGGAAUUUAGCCGUCCACCUCCACCUCCACCUGAUCAGACAGAGGCACCUGCUGAAGAGUCCAGGGCAACAGAUGCAUCUCCCGAGGUGUCUGCUGAGGCAGAUGCUGAUGACCAACCAGCUGAAGAAGAAGAGACUGACCAACCUGUUGCUGAGGAGUAGCCUUCAGAUUCCACCUCUUCUCAGUUAGAAGAAUAACGUCAAGAAGCAGAGGAUUUGGAAAUUGAGUAAAAAACAGGCAAGUCAUCAAGUAAAUGGAGACCGGUGGCUUAGAAAUAAGGAAUUCAUUCCUAUCUAUUUACAGGUAUUGUGCCCUAGACAUGCUGAAGGACGAACCUAAGCAACAGUAGAGCAUUAAAACGUGCUUUCCAUAUGUUGGAAUUGCCGAUUUCAGGCUGCUAGAAUCAAGAGAGAAGUUACUAGUGCAAUGAAUGGCACGAAAAUUCUGUCCCCUUUUACACAAUCCAAUCCAUCAAAAUCUGGGAGGUUUACAGUUAAAAAUGCUGUCCCACACCCUGUGCUAGAAGGUCAUGAGAAGGAUGUUGAGAGCAUCAUAAUAACCUUUGCAAGUGCUUUGAUAAUGUUCUUGGAACAAUAUUUCCUUUCUUUCCUUAUUUUGAAAGGUAGUUACUACAGCAAUUAAAUAAAUUGCUUUUGACUCAU